GGGAGUUAGUUGCAAUUUAGUUUCUAUUUCCAGCAACAUUCGCGCAUGCAAAAGUGGUACUUUUAGUUGAGAGCUUGAUAGUUUUACACUGACAGAACCGCACAAAAUCCUAAAAUCAAUCAACAUUACAAGCAUUAUAUGUUCAGUACGAGGCUGUCACAAUAAUUGGAUGAAGAGGAGGCAGUUUUUACAACAGCAAUGUUUUGAACACCAACCUCUACGUCGAUCUGAAUGUACCUGUGGAGCCCCAUAUGACCUGCAUCCACCUCCUAAAGAGUCUUUGCGGCUCUGGCUCAAAGUGUUGAACCUAAGGAAACCACCAAAAUGUCCCUUUGUGUGCUCCUACCACUUCGUUGACAAGAAGCCUACAGUGGAGCAUCCUUACCCAGAAAAAUGGCUUGGUUGCGAUGCUCCCCUCGUGAAGAAGUGUUGGGUGUUGGUCAGGCAGUCAUCAGUGACAGAUGAUACAACAGGCUCAAGUGUUCACCAAAUUGAACAUGGGGAUUGGCCAACACAGAUAGGAGGAAUGGAUAUGCCUUCAGAGAAGGAUGCCCAAACCCAAUGGGAAGACCCAUCUCUAAGUGAUCACAACUACAGCUCAGGUGAUAAUGUAAAGCCCACUACCUGUAAGGCAGGGACACAGUGCCCAGCAGCACCUCUCUACAAAACCCUGCUGAGGAACGAAGCACUCUGUACACUGCAUACAGGCUUGUCUCUUGCUGCCUUUUCUACCCUGGCGGAACAUCUUCUACUUUCAGUUAGACCUGACAGACCAACUCCAAGUGUUUCCCAGAGUAUUAGUUAUUGGAUUGACAUGAUGGAAGAUAAUCUGAGUGAGUACAUUCCAUGGCUGCCAAGGGAAACCAUCCGUGCUACAAUACCACAAUGUUUUAAGGACCACUACCCAGGAACAACCUGCAUUAUUGACUGCUCAGAAACUGCUUCACAGAAGUGCAAGAAUCUGGAUUCAAGGGGGAAGUCAUUCAGCCAUUACUACGCCCAGAACACUAUCAAGUACCUGGUGGCCAUUGCACCUUGUGGUCUAGUGAUGUUCAUCUCCUCAGCAUAUGGGGUAGAUGUAGCGACAAAUAUAUAACAUCGGAUUCUGGGUUCCUGGAGUACCUCUGUCCAGGUGAUGAAGUCAUGGCUGCCCGGGGCUUCACAAUCCGUGAUCUGCUACACGAGAGGAAGGUAAAUUCCAGACUUCACAAAAAGCGGCGCACAGCUGUCAGAGGAGGACACCACAUGUAGAAGACGGAUAGCUAACGUGAGGGUUCAUGUGGAACGCGUAAUUCAAAGGCUCAAACGGUUUAGAAUCAUCUCACAGACAGUGCCAAUCAACCUCUCAUCUAAAAUGGACAAAAUACUUUGAAUCUGUGCUGCCCUGUGUAACCUGCGUGGGGAUAUCAUUCAUGAAGAUGGUGAAUCAACUGACCAGUCAAAUGCCAUUCACAGGGUCGAUUUCCCAAUAUGAAUUAAAGUUGUCAAAAGU